AUGUCAGAACCAGAGAGCCCAGAGUCUUUUACCCCGGUCGAUCAUUCUCCUACACCUACGCCCAUGCCAGCCACCGCAGCCUCUUCCCUCGAGGAGCUCCAAACCGAAGAACAACGGCUUGUACUCGAUACCGUUGCACGUGUACGAAAAUGUGGACUAGAGGGCACAGUAUCAUUGCCUCAAAUUGUUGUCUGUGGCGACCAGUCCGCCGGAAAGAGCUCCGUCCUUGAAGCCUUGACGGAGAUCCCUUUUCCACGAAAUGACAACUUGUGUACACGCUAUGCGACAGAAAUCAGUCUUCGUGUGGCAACAUCGGAUUCUAUCACGAUUCGAGUGAUCCCCGAUUCAAGUCGGCCAUCCAAUGAGCAAGCAAGCAUCAAGACUUUCGAGCGCACUAUUAGUGAUUUCGGCGACCUCCCCGGUAUUAUGAAUGAGGCAAUGACCGUCAUGGGAAUUGGAGUAACCGACGAAUCAAAUACAGAUGCGAAGCCUCGCGCUUUUUCACGGGAUGUUCUUAGCAUUGAAUUUGCAGGUCCAGCCCGACCGCAGCUCACACUUGUCGAUAUACCUGGUUUGAUUGGGACGGAGACCAAGGUGACAACAAAACAAGAUAUAGCUCUUGUCGCCGAGAUUACUCAGCACUACAUUGAACAACCCCGGACCAUCUGUCUUGCUGUUGUGUCGGCUGCAACCGACUAUGCGAAUCAAACAAUUCUGGAAAAGGUUAGAGAGGUCGAUCCGGAAGGAGACCGCACUCUUGGAGUCAUCACCAAACCUGACAUGCCACCCGCUGGCUCCGGAUCUCAAAACUCUUACAUCGAGCUUGCGCAAAAUGAGGAUAUAUUCUUUAAGCUUGGAUGGCAUGUGGUGAAGAACCGGAGGUUUGACGAGAGACAUGCAACUCUUACUGAGCGAAACAUUUUGGAGGAAAGCUUCUUUCGAACAACGGAGUGGAAACGUCUCCCCAAAGAAUCUGUUGGGGUGGAUGCCCUUAGACGUCGCCUUAGCCUUCUUCUCUUCGAACACGUCAAGAAGGAGCUACCCAACCUCCGCGAGGAACUUGAAUCGGCUUUGUCAACUACACGGGAGGACCUCGAACAACUUGGCUGUGCUCGAUCGUCUGGGGCGGAUUGCAAAAGUUACCUGGCACAGCUGAGUCUCGAUUUCUACGAGACUUGCAAGGCGGCCGUGGAUGGUCAUUAUGAAGGCAGCUACUUCCAUAAAGAUCUUGAUUCGGAGUUUGACAUUUCAUCCCCCUCUACACUCUGUAGAACUCGUGCCGUGGUGCAGUCGUUGAACUCCAAGUUUGCAGAGGAUAUGCGUGUUCGCGGCCACAAGUACCAAAUUGAUCGAGUGGACAACGACGAUGAUGACGGCGAGGCGGACGGACAAGUGACAAACAAGGGGAAAAAAUCCACCAAAAUGGCCAGCAAUGUACGGAGAACAGUAAGACAUUCGAACUCCCCAAAACAAUUAAACAGCGAUGAGGCGCUUGAUUGGGUCGGCAAAGCCCUCACUCGAAAUCGCGGCAAGGAGCUUAUCGGGAAUUUCAAUCCGCUCCUAAUUGGCGAACUGUUUUGGGAACAAUCUGAGAGGUGGAAUCAACUAGCCAUCGAACACCUUGAAGCGGUUUCUGCUGUCUGCACCAAGUUCUUGAAGACGCUGCUUCAAGAUAAGUGUCCCGAAGAUGUUAAGAGAAGGAUUUGGGGGGCUAAGAUUCAGGAUGCUCUGAAAACUCGCCAUCAAGCUGCGAUGAGAGAGUUAAGCUUGUUAAUGAAAGACCACCAAAACUACCCGAUCAACUACAAUCAUUACUAUACGGAUACGAUCACGAAGCGCCGCCAGGCAAGGCAAAAAGCGGCACUUUCAAAACUUAUCAAGGGUGCCACAAGUAGUAGAACUAGUAGCCCGUAUGAUGAUGAUGAUGAUGAUGAUGACGAGGGACGUACCAUCGUAAACGUCGAUGUUGAGAAGGUUCUGUCCAGUUAUGCACAGACCAUUGAUCCCGACAUGGACAAUUAUAGCUCUGAAGAAGUCCUCGACUGUCUCUUUGCGAUCUAUAAGGUCUCCCAAAAGACAUUCGUUGCCAACGUCACCAUGCAAGUUGUUGAGCGCCAUAUUGUCCGUGGACUUGAAAAGAUUUUUUCUCCAGUCCUUGUCAGCAACCUUGACCCAAAAGAGGCUGAGGAUUUGGCGUCCGAGCCAGCUUCAGCCAGGCGCAAACGAGAAUACCUCGAGGAUCAGAUCAAAAAGUUGGAAGAAGGACGAGAGAUCUUCAAACAUGUUAUAUGA